AAAACACAAUUAAAUUUUUUGGAAUUCAGUUUUCUGGACUACCAAACCGAGUUGAACAAUGUCAUCAUACGGUAGGGAAAACGAUCAUUUAAUAAAGACCAUAAAGAUUUCUGGCUUUUUGUUAAAAAAUAUGAAACGUUGCUCGCUAAAAGCGGCCAAGAAUUGAUAAAUAAAUCUAGAAACGAUGAUGUAGUUUGUAGUAACAAAGGUGUACCUAAAAAGUAUGAUAAACGGUUUACCAUGAAUAUUAGGAUACCUAAUGCUGAUGCUAUGUUUAAUCGUAUACCGAUCGAUUAUAGUAGACGUAAACAAGUUAUAGGUAAAUUGGAGUUUGAGCACUUCUUGGAUGUCGUCACGUUUUAUCUAGAUUUUAAGCAAAAAGAAAAGUUUGGUAAAUUAAAAAAGUUGCGGGAGGCGCAAACAAAUUUACCCAUACAUCAGUAUAAAACAGAAAUUUUGCAGGCUGUUGAUAAAGAACGUGUGGUCAUCGUUGCAGGUGAUACUGGUUGUGGCAAAUCCACACAAGUGCCUCAAUAUUUGUACGAACACGGGUAUCGUAGUAUUGCUUGUACCCAACCCAGACGUAUAGCUUGUAUAUCUUUGUCCAAAAGAGUCGCGUACGAAAUGCUUAAUGAAUUUGGGAGCAUUGUGGGGUAUCAGAUACGUUUUGAACGUACUAAAAACAAGACUACUGAGAUUUGUUUUAUCACGGAAGGUCUUUUGUUAAGGCAAAUGUCGUCGGAGACGGUUUUAUCCAAAUACCAAGUUUUGGUGUUGGAUGAAGUUCAUGAGCGCCACUUGCACGGUGAUUUUUUGUUGGGUGUUAUUAAAUGUUUGCUGCAAACCCAAAAGGAUAUUAAAAUUAUCCUGAUGUCUGCGACUAUAAAUAUACAUUUAUUUAGCGCGUAUUUUGCUAAUGAGAACGCGCGGGUGAUACAAGUGCCUGGACGUUUGUUUCCUAUAACUUUGCACUACCGGCCGGUUUUUGUGGAAGCCAAAACAAAGUCUGAGCGUCUUAAUCCUGAACCGUAUGUGCAAAUAAUGCAAAUGAUCGAUGAUAAGUAUCCGAGGACUGAAAAAGGUGACAUGCUGGUUUUUGUUAGUGGUAUCAGCGAAAUUACAGCGGUUGUGGAUGCUGCCAAGGCGUACAACGAAAAACACGGCAACUGGGUUGUUUUAUCCUUACACAGUACUUUAUCCUUGGCCGAGCAGGAUAAAGUUUUUGACUACGCUCCUGAUGGUAUGAGAAAGUGCAUAGUGUCCACAAAUAUUGCAGAAACCUCAGUCACUAUAGACGGUAUACGUUUCGUCGUGGAUUCCGGUAAAGUUAAAGAAAUGACUUAUGACACCAUGUUUAAGAUGCAACGUUUGAAAGAAGUCUGGAUUUCUAAAGCUAGUGCACAACAACGUAUGGGUAGAGCUGGUCGUACAGGUCCUGGUGUAUGUUACAGACUGUACACACAAGACCAGUUUGAUACAAUGGAUUUAUACACAACCCCGGAGAUACAAAAAGUACCCUUAGACUCCUUGUUGCUACAAAUGCUUUCCAUGGGUCUCCCGGAUGCACGAAAGUUUCCUUUUAUCGAACCGCCUACAAACCAGUCCAUCGAAGACGCUAUUUUAUCUCUUAAGCAACACAGUGCCUUAACCAACGAUGAGUCCUUAACCAGCACAGGCAAAGCUUUGGCAAGGAUUCCUGUGGACAUAAUCUUAGGCAAAAUGCUUAUAUCAGGAUCCGUGUUCCACCAAGUCGAACCAGUUCUGAGUGCUGCAGCUGCUUUAAACGUCCAAAGUCCUUUUACUAAUCGCGCCUACCGCGAUUUAGAAUGUGAACGAGCCAGGAAACCCCUGGAAUCAGAUCACGGUGAUCCUGUAACCCUGCUAAAUUCCUAUCGUGCCUGGUUAGAAGUCAAAUACGAGUCUGAUGUGCACCAGGAUUCCAGGUCGUGGUGCAGGAGACGCGGUUUUGAAGAGCAAAGGUUCUACGAGAUCACCAAAUUGAGGAACCAGUUUAGGGAUUUGUUGCAAGAUUGUGGCAUGUUGGAGAAUGAAUUCGAGGAGAAUUUGAGUGGAGUUGAUCGGGCUAUCAGACGAGGAGAGUUGAAACAAUUAAGGAGGAUGAAGAGAGAAAUUAAGGAGUCGGCUGUGAGGAAUAAGAGGAGGGUUCUGAGGGCUGAUAGAUCUGAUGAGGAACAGGAUAAAGGUGUGGAUAUAAGAGACGUCGAAUUCCGUAUGAGCAACGACUCCAGCAAACUGGCCAAUCUGAUGCACUCGUCAACGGCUUGCAGCUACAAAGAUUUAACAAUGUUCAAACUAAUUUUAUGCAGUGGUUUAUACCCUCAAGUAGCCAUUGCCGAUGAAUUCAAUUACUGCAAAUCACCGAUGGAACAACUUUUUCACACCCGAUCCAAACCUUAUGCAUCUUUACACCCGAUGAGCUUUUUCGGAUGCCAUCCUCAAAUUUUGCAAUUGGAGGAACGCGAAAUUUUGCAAUCGACUGAAUUCGGUUGUUACAAAUCUAGAUUGCCUAUAAGUUCCAGACAUCAAUUAUUAUGUUCUGACUUAUUAGAGACUACUAAGCCGUAUUUAACGAAUACAAUGAGGAUGCCGGCUGCCCAAACUCUGCUGCUUUUUGCGCAUAGUAUCGAUACGAAUUCGACUUUUUCGAGGCUGGUUUGCGAUUCCUGGUUGCAGUUGGAUUUUCCAGGAAUCGGUAAUGGACAGACUUUGCUUUUGAGGGCUGUUAAAUUGAGGAAACAGUGGGAGACUUUGUUGAAUAAGAGGCUGAAGAAUACGGUUACGACUAGUGUCGAAGGCGAGCUGGAGAAGGCUAAGGACAAGGAUUUUAAUUAUGAUAGGUUGGAGUGGGAACUUACACAAGGAUUGGUUGCUUAUAUGAAUACAGAGGUCCCCUACACAAUCAAGCGUCUCCUCCACAUAGACAGCAAAACAAUGUACAACCACCGACUUUUCGAAGAUUUCCAUUUGCUCCAACCAAAUCCCUUCGACGAAGAUUUCAAAUCUUCCCCAAACGACUACAAAGGAGGUAUCGAUAUUACCCCAAAUGUAACUUACGAUUGCCUCGAAGAAUGUGACUGGUCCCUUAUAAUGGCAAACCAGAUUUUGGAACAAGAUUGGCGGUGCCCGACUUGUGAUUUAGAAUGUCCCAUGACCGGGUUACAAAAAUUGCACCACCAGCAAAUUUGUGGCAAGAAAGAUGAGCCAGAGGAGGAUAAAAAUAGUGACCACCAGGCUGUGGUGAAAGCUGGUGAUAAGAAAUUUGAUUGUGAGAGUUGUAAGAAGACUUUGUACUUUAAAAGCAACGUGGAGAUUUUGAGACAUAAGAAAGCCUGUGGGGUGAAAAUUUAAUUAAAUUUUAUAAGUGAGUAAGAAGAUAUAUGCAGCAGCAGAGAUGAGAAAUGUGUAUUUUUAUAUUUGUAAUAUAUACGUGAUGAAGUAAGAACUGCAUUUUUUACAACAACUUACUAUAAUUUACCAGUAGAAGUAAAAUGAAGUUUUUGGCAUUAGAGACAGCUUGAAAUGAAGACUUACAUUCCAGCUUUCUACUGUCCAUUAUACCACAAUCGCAGAAAAUUCCAGUCUGGUACUUUCAGAAGGACAGCAAGGCCGUAGGAGAGUAUAUCAAACAAUUUGUUGGAAAUUGUGCAAAGGGUUGUGCGCCAAUUUUCUUCUUCUUUCAUCCAGAAAUUGAGGAUACUCCUGAGCCAAUCUGAUAAUAAUUGAUAAUUGGGACGUGCAGACUUGACAACAAUUGAAAGUUAAUAAAAUAAUGG